GAGGCCGAUUUCUUCAGGAUGGGAAGAUUCUCAUCAAGUUCUUUCACAGCCUUCUGUCUUUUGUCUUAAUCAGGUAUCGAUGGAGAAACUUGGAUGGCUUCCAUGUUCCAUGUCGCGGCAGCGGGUGUUGUUCGUUUCUUGUUUGAUUCGAGUCAUGGCACGCAAUCAGCUGUCUUCUCUGAUCACCGCUAUUCUCCCUCUUACUAUAUAUAUAUAUAUAUACGAUCUUAUUCUUUGUUUUACCUCAAUCUUUAUAGUUAUUAUGACGAAAAAAAGCUUGGUAUAUUGGUAUCUUGCCCUCGCCUGACUACGAUGUCCGCUGCGCUCAAUCAAACACAACACGCUCCAACUCUCAUCGUUGUUCAUCCGUCUCCUGCCCCCCCCCCUCAUCAAUGGUAUAUAUAGACGCCCCAUUCUCUUAUCACCAUAGGUUGCAUUGAUUUUUUUUUUCAACGUUAAAAAAACGAGAGCUUAAAUUUAAUUAAGCCCUCUCUUCCUCAGUCGCCGUAGCGGUGGCGCCUGCCCCCUUCUCAUUAGCCAGCUCAGCGGCGCGAGUGUGCAGGUGACUAGUCUUGCUCCCGGUCCUCCA